ACGAAUUGGCACUAAGCACGCCCACGUCGACCUCAAUCACAGAUAAUUGGAUCAGUCGACCGCCGAACCCCAUAUUGAGUGAUCAUUACCUGUGCCUGGAACUGCGAAGGGCAUGCCCUCAGAAAACAUGGCGAUCGAUAUGCGCCGCACCAAGCUGAAGGCCUCGGAGGCGGCCAUACUGGCUGGUGAGGUACAAAAGCCAGGCUGGCAGUCCAAAAACGAGGGUAUCCACGAGCGUGUCAGCUUUGAAGAUGCGAUCUGGGGCUUCGAUCUCGCCGGUGGAUCCUUUUACAAGACUCCUUUGAGAGUUGUUGCCGUAAAACCUGACAGCAGAGCGGAGAAGGCAGGCAUCCGUCCCGGUGACAAGCUCCUACGCAUCAACGACAUCGACACCUCCACCCUCAGCAUCCAAGAGGCGCACGCCAUUAUCAUCGAGUCCGGGAUACAUCUCAAGAUAGCAGUCACAUCACCUGAUGACGAGGAGGAUGCUUAUUACUGUUACGAGGAUCCUUUGGACACCGGCUACGACAGUGAAGAAGAAAGGAGAAAAGAAGAGGAAAAGGCACGGAAAAGACAAGUUCAUGCCAAAGUGAGUUCUUAUUGGAGUUUACAAUGGCCAUGGGUCAGCAAAAGAAGAAUAAUUUACAGAGAAUCCAAUUGUUUUAUGGUGCCAAGCAAGUACGAAGGUAAACACAGAGAUAAGUUCUCCGUACAGCCCAUGAUUAGAACCCAAAAGGACAUUGUUCUAGAUAGUAUCCAGUCAACAUCUCAGCAAAUAAUAGACAACGCGAAAGAUAAAUUACAAAACGAUAUACCUAAAGAGACUCAAAACACCAACAGCCAAGGGCCUAUAAUUAAUGGUACAGGACAAACUGAAAACAUCCCUAAUGGAACUGAAUUCAAUGUAAAAGAAAAUAAAAUUAUGUUGCCACCAAAAAUCCCUGAAGAGGAGGAAGACAGCGUUCAAGAGGUGUCCGAGGUAGAAGAACUGAAUGAAGUUACCAAUUCAGCAAUGGAGGAAGAUAGUAUACAAGAAGAAGUUACAAAUUCUGCAUUGGAGGAAGAAAGUAUACAAGAAGAAGUUUUAGAAGAAGAAGAAGAAGAAGUGAGUGAACUUGAUUCUGAAGUUGAAGAAAAGAGUCAAAUUGAUACAAGCGAAGCAACGGAUAAUCACGACAAUGUUCUUAAUGAAGUUUUAGAAAACCAUGACAUAUCAGCAGAUGAAGAGGAUAAGAUAUUGAAUAGUAUCCUCAGUAACGGUGAUACAAGCGAGAGCAUGGACGAAAGAUAAAAUUUAUUAAUGAAUAAUACAAUCUCAACUUUUGUAUUUUUGAUAAUUGUAUUAAUCAAACGUAAGUGAUACUCUCAUUCCUCAUUAUCAUGGUAGUUGUUACAAUAAGUUAAAUUUAAUUACAUU